CGAUCAGUUGUUAAAGAAGCUUUGAGACAUGAGGUGCUUGCUCCUUUCCUUCACUUGCCUUGCGCUUACCAGCGCGGUACAAAAAGACCUUGUGUUGUUCGAUUUAAUGAAAUGGCAACAGCUGAAGGUGGUGUACGUUUUCCACUGCUUCCACCUGCAGGAUGAGCUCAUCCACCAGCUGCACAGUGCGAGGAAAAAUCACCCAGCAAGUAUGUCCUUCCUGAAUGUGGCCAGCUUCAGCGGGUCGAAAUUCGAGGCCUCACUUCAGUCGGUGCAUGUUGGCGUUGGUUUGAUGGCCGAUUUAAACUGUGACGGGCUGGCAGGUGUACUGAAGGCGCUAUCCGUAAGGGGCUUCUUUAAUGGUGCACGAUUUAGGUGGUUGUUGGGCGGUUUGGAGACGCUGCAGCAGAGUAGGAUGAUUUUGGAGAAGCUCAAUAUUACCGCGUCCUCUAUGGUGCUUCUCACGCUGCCUAUGAGGACUAGCAAUAAUGACACAAACUUUGCAAUUCUUGACGUGUGUGGACAUCGUGUGGGUACUCGGUGGGAGUUAAGCUUUCUUCAGAUCGGAGCCUGGAGUACGUCCGCCGGUUUGACGAUGUGGGAUAAGCGGAGCGUGUACGAGAGGCGACAAAAUCUGCUCGGAAUGCAACUGACUGGAAUAGCGAAGGCAAGUGUUUGGACAAGUGCUAGAAUUAGUUAGAAUG